AUGGGACGCGGGGGGGCCCUACGCCAUGGGACUCGCGGGGGACCAUGGGACGCGGGGACCACGGGACGCGGGGACCACGGGAUACGGGGACCACGGCACACGGGUGACCACGGGACACGGGAGACCACGGGACACGGGGGACCACGGGACCAGUGUCGCGGCUGGCGUGGCCUUCCCAGCGCAGAGGCGGGAAUCGACGUUGCUUCUCUCAGUGGCGCUUCCCCUUCCAGCGGCCAUUCCCCUUCCAGCGGCCAUUCCCCUUCCAGCGGCCAUUCCCCUUCCAUUGGCCUUUCCCCUUCCAGUGGCCCGUCCCCUUCCAUUGGCCUCUCCCCUUCCAGUGGCCCGUCCCCUUCCAGCGACCCUUCCCCUUCCAGCGGCGUUCCGCCAUCCAGUGGCGUUCCCCUUUCCAGCGGCCAUUCCCCUUCCAGUGGCCUUUCCCCUUCCAGCGGCGUUCCCCCUUCCAGCAAUGCUUCUCCUCCGAACGAGGCAUCUCCAACCCAAGUGGCUUCUGUGGAAAAAAAUGCGUUAGUGCUAGAGGAUGAACAGUCAGUGGCCGCAGACACGACUAACAAAACGCAAUCUGUUGCCACUGAUAAUUUGUCUGUUGCGCCCACCGGCCAACAGCCAACAGGUGUUGUAGCGUUACCCGAAAAUACUGGAAAUAAACAAGCAAAUGUUAAGGCAAGCAAGCCAAUUUCUACGGACGAAAAAUUAACGGGGUCCUCAGACGGUAAUGUUUCCAAAUCAAAUAAUAGCACUGAUACCAACGCAUCUGGUGGCAAAGCUUCAGUAACUGCGAACAAAUCGACUAAUUCUGAUGGGCAAAAGAUUGUCAAAGCGCCCGCUUUUGUUGCUUUGCCUACUCCUCUAGCUACACAAGGUUCUACCUCUGCAGCAAAGAACCCUUCUGCCUCUGCUGCAAAGAACCCUUCUGCCUCUGCAGCAAAGAACCCUUCUGCCUCUGCAGCAAAGGACGCUACUGUAUCUGCAGCAAAGGGUGCUAAUGUAUCUGCUGCAGUUGCUCCUCCAGCAUCAAUCGCUAAAGAUAUCCCUAAAGUUCUCACGAGUCAGAAAGCAACAAAAGGCAAAGUGACGGCAAGCACAAAAAUCUUGUCCAAGUUCACCGGCAAGAGCAAGACACAAGCCAUCAACUACCUCAAGGGAACUGUCAAGGUUGGCGACAUUUACACGGGCGGUUUCUCCGCCCCCCAUGAAUAUAUUUGCCCUAACAACGGGCGCGACCUGAGCCUCCUGAUCCUGGUGACGACCGCCCCAGUGCAUCGUCAGAAGCGCAGUGCCAUCCGUCAGACCUGGGGCCACUUCUCCCUCAGGCGGGACGUGGCGUUGGCAUUCCUCGCUGGUGCCACCACUGCCGAUGUCCAGGCCGAAAUUGAUAAGGAGAAUGUCCUUUAUGGUGACGUCAUUCAGAGCAACAACAUCGAUCAGUACAGAAAUCUUACUCUGAAAACCGUAUCCAUGUUCGAGUGGAUACAAACGUAUUGUUCCGAAGUUCCUUUUGUACUCAAAACCGACGAUGACAUGUUCAUUAACAUGCCGCUUCUGUUGGCGUUCAUCGAGUCUCAGAAGAACCAGAAACGAGUCAUUUUCGGACGCUUGGCGCACAACUGGAAGCCCAUAAGAAAUAAGAAGUCAAAAUAUUACGUAGAUCCUUCUCAUUAUAGCUUAAAAACUUUUCCCGAUUUUACCACGGGUCCAGCGUAUCUUUUCACGUCGGACAUCGUUAGCGAGAUGUUAGAGCAACUUUUAGAUACGACUUAUCUCUUCCUUGAAGAUGUUCUCACCACGGGCAUCGUGGGCGAGUUCCUGGGCAUAAGGAGAGUGGGUGAUGCCCGCUUUAAGAACGAUAAAACUUCGUUGACGAACACAUGUAAAGUUAUGGACAUUAUAUCUAUUCAUAUGGUAGGAUACGCGGAGCAGUUUGAUCUCUACAAACGAACCUUGGAUGGUAAAACAACGUGUAAACACAAGUAGCGUUUGUUAAACUUUUUCAUUUCUUUCGUGCGCUCUUGGUUAUAGCUAAUUAUUGUUGUCGUACCAGUCACUGGAUGCCAUAUCGCCCCACACUCGAAGGCAGGGAACAUUUCCUAGCUACCCUUUCCCGUCUCGUAUUUCGUUUACUUCGCAUCCAUAACACGAGAAUUGUGAGUUCAAGUCGAAGCCAUAUUAUAUUAGUGAUACUUUCUUUGCCAGGGCGUUGAACUGAUC